AUGCUGCGCGACGACCACGACGCGUCCUGCCACGACCUGCAGCUCGGCGAUGUGGGGUACGGGAGCUCCUGUAGGUUCCCGACCAAGACCGGCGCCACGCAGGAGCCCAUCACGCACUCCUUCUCCAUGGACUGCUUCGCGGGCGGCCUCGGCCGGAGGCCGCAGACCAAGGAGCCUGCUGCUGGCAGCUCGGGGGAGGCCGGUCCGAGCCAUGCCGACGGCGGCAGCAGCAGCAACGUCGCUGACCACGGUGCUGGCGAGACGAGCGGCCGGCUUCGGCGGCUGGCGGCGGCGAACUUAGGUGAGCGCCGACUGGCAGCAGCUGGAGCGGUCCCACCUAGAGCAGAGGCAGCGGCCGUACUCACCUCACGAAGGACAAGGGGAGGAGCUUGA